AUAAAAUUUAGGGUUUGAAAUUAGGGGUCAUUUCACAAAGAAAAAAAUGAAGUUAUCUUAUCAUUUUCCAGAAUCAUCCACUUGAAAAUAUUCUUUAUAAUUAUCAUAGCAAGUAACUAAAACCUAAUAAGAGAAUAGAAUAAAAAUGUAUUUGGUAGAAAAGAAUUAGAAAGAAACCAUAAAGUGACGAGAAGGUAAAGAAGAAGAAAGAAGAACAUACUAUCUUUGAGAGUGGCCAAAAGCUCGUUGGAAAUUUUGAAAUACAAGGGGGUGAGAAACGAAGCAUAAUUGUUGAGGAACGCCGUGUCGGUGAUGUUCAUCGCAAUCAUGCUUCUCGAAUAUUCCAAAACACAAGAGAGGAGCCGGCAAAGAAAAGUAUCGACGGUAGUGAGAUUUGGAAGAAUGGAGAUUGAGGAUAGCUGUGUUAAGAGGAAAAGAUAACGAGAGAGAUAAAAAAAUAAAAUAAAAUAAAGUGGAUUUAACUCAAUGGCUAACGAGCCUAAAAAUGCACAGCUGACAUUGCUCUAUGAUGGAAAAACUUUUGUGUUGGAUGAUUUUCCUGCUGACAAAUUGGACGACUUAAAGUCAAUUGCCAAAACUCUGACUCAGCCUGGAAUUGAAAAUGCGUUGGCAAAUCAUCCCGAGGAAUGGGAGCAAUUUGCGGCCUAUGUAACUGGGAAAUGUUUGGAAGAAGUUAAGCGUCAUUAUGUGGAUUUGAUUGAUGAUGUCAACCACAUUGAAUCUGGUUAUGUGCCUCUGCCAGCUUAUAAUGAACUGAGAACUGUCAAAAAGGGAACUGAGACUUCAAGAACUGUUCAAGAACGGCGAAAGGUUAUUCAUUGGACAGAAGCUGAACAUAGGUUAUUUCUUCAAGGCUUGGAGAACCAUGGAUGGGGUGACUGGCAAAGUAUAUCAAGGAACUGUGUGGUAACAAGAACACCUACACAAGUAGCAAGCCAUGCUCAGAAAUAUAAAAUUCGACAGAAUUCAAAGGAGAAGAACAAAGAAAGAAAGCGUUCCAGCAUACAUGAUGUCACCCAUGUAAAAAAUGAUGACAUUUCAGCACCUCAAGGACCAAUUACCAGUCAAACAAGCGGUUCUGCAGCAAGUUCUUCUGGACAAACAGCCGAACAAGCUCCUACAUCCCCACCUGCUGGAAUUUAUGCUGCUCCUAGGAUCGAGCAACCUAUUGGAGGACCUCUUGUAUCUGCAGUUGGCACUAAAGUGAAUCUUACUGCUGCUGGACAAUCACCGGAACAAGCUCCGACAACCCCACCUGUUGGAAUUUAUGCUGCUCCUAGGAUCGAGAACCCUAUUGGACGACCCCUUGUAUCUGCAGUUGGCACUCCAGUGAAUCUUUCUGCUGCUGGAAAAUCAGCCAAACAAGCUCCUCCAACCUCACCUGCUGGAAUUUAUGCUGCUCGUAAGAUUGAGUACCCUAUUGGAGGACAUCUUGUAUCUGCAGUUGGCACUCCAGUGAAUGUUUCUGCUGCUGGACAAUCAGCCGAACAAGCUCCUCCCACUGGAAUUUAUGCUGCUCCUAAGGAUCGAGCACUCUAUUGGAGGAUCCCUUGUAUCUGCAGUUGGCACUCCAGUGAAUCUUACUGCUGCUGGACACAUGGCUUAUGAACUUGGACCGGUUUCUGGGACAGUUAUGCCAUAUGACAUAUCCGAUGCAAUAUACAUAGAAACUUGACACAUGGCUUAUGAACUUGGACCGGUUUCUGGGACAAUUAGAUCAUUAUACCGCGGUAGUCGACAUUGUUUUGGAGCUUGGACUUGUGGUAUCUUAUGGACCAUAGAAUUUCUCUGGCUUUAAGGCAUUUGAGAGAAAUUGAGGACUGACGAAGAAAAUGAUAGUAUGGUUGAGAUCACAAACAUAUCAUUUUCUCGCUACACUCUACACAAAUGACUAGUCGACGGAGUUUGGUGGUAUUUGUAACCAUGGAAGGUGUUGUGUCGAUAAUGAUAUAAUUACCGCUAUGAUUCGAUAUCAUUUAACUUUUGUUGGACGGAGUCUUAAUUAGAUGUUGCAUCUUGGGAUCAAUGUGGCCACGUUAAAAUAUGUUGUCAACCCGAGAGUCGUUUUCAAAAUGUUUUCUUCAAAUUAAAUAUACACAAUUGAUUUUGCCCAAGUGAGAGAAUGUUAGAAUAUUUUCUAAUAUUCUGUGGGCUGCAAUCAAUUGUGAGUUUUGGUUUUAAUAAAAACGGGUUGAUGUUGUUGUGAUCCAUUUGAUGAUGCUUAAGCCCGAUAAUUGUGAUCAGUAAUAAUGGGCUUGAACACUAAUUUUGAUUUGUGUAGAAACAAAGUGUAGGCCCAACUCUAGAGUCCAUGAUGGGUGGUACUAGGGUUGUUAUCUUAUAAAUAGAUAGGCUAGGUCCCCUUUGCCGUCACGUUGUCAAGCUUGCAUAAGUUGAACGCUCAUUUGUUGUCUUCCCCAUCAAAGACCUCAAAGACUGGAGCAUGUGAUUAGGCAGAGGAAGACCUUGUCUAGUAUAUCGAUGUUUUCGAUAUUGGUGCGCUUCCGGUAACGAUGGUUUGUGAUUAUGAUUAUCAAGUAAGUGUGUUCUAAUUUCAUAUAAUAUAUCGAUCUCUAAAUUAUUAAUUAUUACAGGAUUUGCCAAAGGACUUGGUUUAUGCAGUGCUUUUGUGGCCGAGCUUUGGGGCGUGCUAGAAGGACUUAAGUAUGUUCGGCGGUUGGGAUUUCAGAAAGUGGAAUUGCAUAUUGAUUCAAAAGUGGUGGUCCAAGUAGUGGGAGCAAGACGGUUACAGAGUUUGUCAGGUGCCCGUCAGGUGUCGCCUUAGCAAAACAAAUAUGGCGUUUGUUGGACUUGGAUUGGUGUGUUGAGAUAUCGCACUCAUAUAGAGAGACAAAUAAGUGUGCCGAUGCCUUGACCAAUCUAAAAUGCACUCUAGUUCAUGAGAUAAUAGUUUUUGAUGAUUGUCCAUCACAUAUUAGAGAUAUUUACCAUGCUGAUAGAUUAGGAGUUACCACUCCUAGAAUGAUUCUAGUG